AUGUUUCAAAAUAAAUUUCUCUUUUUUCUUUAUUUUGUUAUUACCUUCGUUUCUACUGCCAAUGUAGUUGCCCAAGGAUCUGAUCAUCACAAUGAUAAUACGGCUGUUUCCAUCCAAGUUCCAAUUACUCCAGAAAUAGUUAAACAAUUAGGUGAUAUAAUAUCUGCUAAAGGUGCGGCACCUUCUGUGGAUUCGCCGUCUGCUAAAGGUAUGAGUCCUUCUGUAGAAACGUCGACACCUACCGAUCAAUCUGAAAGUGAGGAGUCUCCUACUGACAAUUAUAAAGACAAUUCUAAAAGCUCGGGAGUUUCAUCUAAUAUACCUAAUGGCAUGAACAAACAAAAUGUAGCGGCUUCUCCAACUAAUGUUGGUCCAAUUAAAAGUCAUUCACCUCUACUGAGUACAACGAGUAACGCACUUGUUAGUCCAUUACCUACUCCGCAACAAAAUGGUAAAAAUCCACCUCUUCCAACAGUCUCUCAAUCUCCUAUUGCUAAAAGUCCAUCUCCUAUUCCUAAAGCUCCUUUACCUACUACUUCACCAACAAUUUCAACCUCAAAAGUAUCUCUUGCUGAACAUACUUCUAUUGAAAAUUUCUUUUUUGUGAUUUUUACUACAUUUCUUUGUUUUUUCAUUGGAAAUUUUAUUAUUUUUGUUUAG